CUCUCUCUCUCCCUCUCCUUCUCUCUCUCCACUGGAAACUAGGGUUUUUGUUUUGUAAUUGUUCAGUGGAGCAAUUCGAACUCCAUAACCGAUCGAAUCGAUGGAGGAGAACGCCAAGUCCACGCAGGAGCUGGCAAUGGAAGGGCAGAAGCACCUUGAGGAGACAAUCGAAGCAGCGUUCCUGAUCUUGUCCUCCAUGAACGACGAGCUCUGCAACCCGGCGUUGUGGUCCACAAACACCGCGGCCACUGUUUCGACUUCGACUGGUACGAGUGCGUCGAGCAAUGUCCAUCACGUGUUCAGCGGAUUAAACGGCGACGUCUCCUCGGAUUCGUCGCACCACUUCGAGAUGGGCGGCGGAGCCCUCGACGAGGCUCGUCUUCGCUACAAAUCCUCCGUCGCCGCCCUCCGUUCUGUUCUCAAGGCCAUCCCCAACUCUCAGAAGGCACGAUCAUGUGAUGGCGUUUCCACAACGAACAAUUCCAUGGCCUCUGUAGAUCAAACUGAAAUUGGGAAGUUGGAAGAGCAAGCUUCAAUGUUAAAACAGGAGCUUGUAAACAAAAACAAGUAUCUCAAGCUUCUUAUAGAUCAGCUACGAGAUCUUGUGACUGACAUUUCAACGUGGCAAAGUUCUUGUUCUGUCUGAAGUGCAACACAGACAUGUUUGUCUGGAUGGCGCAUAAUUAUAGAGGCCAAGUCUUGGAAUCCAUUUGAGGUGAUUAUACUUUACUUUUACCUUCUUGUUGGUUUUGUGAAGCUGCAAUUUUUUCAUCAACAUUGUUCUCAGAUUGAUUGGCCAAGGCAAUUAAGUCCUCUAUCAGCAGUGCCGGAUGAUUAAGGAGAAAUGAUAUUUGUGACGAAUGGAGCAUUUGUAAGGUUCAAAAACCACCAAUAUAUUUAUAUUAACAAAAAAACAAGAAAAAAAGCCCAUAUGAAGAGGAACCUUUAGGUUAUUUAGGUGAUGAGACUAUGUUGCUUUAAUUAAUGCAGAAACUGCCUAUCAUAUAUAGCUCGGGCUGUGCGACUCUGCCAAAUGUUAUGGUCCUUUUCAUUUA